AUGGAAAAUAUCGACCUUAAAAGGACCAGCUCAGAGGCGAAUCUGGAUGAGCCAACUAAUGAAAUUGACCCGGUAGCCACGCUGGUAGCCGAACCGGUGACUGAGCAUGCGUCUGAGCCCGCUCACCACUACUCAACACGGUCCACAGUUACAACCGCGUCGUCAAAGCAAAAGCCAAUUAUACCGAGACUUAAGCCACAGCCGUAUUCACCUGCUGAUUUGGAGAAACAAAUCAAGAGGCCGCUGAUGGUUGAGGCGAUGAGUAUUCCACUUGUGCCAAUUGGAGAGGCAGAGCAAGACAGUGUGGAUACCGCAUUCUACUCCACGGAUGACCAUCCUUUCAACAGACGGGGCUUCAAGUACAAGGCUUGCAGACCAAAUCCGAUGUUCAAAUCGCAGUUUUACUCGACUUCGGAAAUUCCGCCUCACAAUGCAAGAUGGAGCUACCUCGACCGAGCACCAGGUCUGCUGAUGGACAAUACGGCUACAAUUGCCACAGCUGAGCAAGGCUGGAGAAGUGCAAGAGCAAAUGUUGGCAUCAGAGAGGGUAGUUGGUAUAUAGAAUACCGAAUUCUAAGGGCGAAUCAGGAAGGGACUGCAAAUUCCACUAAUGGGAUGAGAGGUCUGACUGUUGCGGAUCCAAAUAAAGCAGAAAAUCGGAGUGAAACGCCCGAAACAGAACUCCCUGGACAUGUCAGAAUUGGAAUAGCAAGACGCGAGGCGUCUCUGGAGGCUCCUGUUGGUUUUGAUGCGUAUAGUUACGGACUAAGAGAUAAGACCGGACAGAAGCUUCAUCUAAGCAGACCCUCCGAGUUCAUGAGGGGUGGUUUUGGAACAGGCGAUGUGAUUGGUUUAUUGGUAGAACUUCCAAGUAUUGAUGUUCAGAGAAACAUUGCUAAAGCGCAAAUGGAACAAAGAGUGACCUCUGCUCCCGUGCUGAGUGAAGCCAAAGAUGAUGGUGUAUCGCCGGAGUACGAUAUUGUUCGUGACCAGAUUCCAAUACGCUACAAAGGACAACUCUACUAUGAGCAAUUCGAAUACACAGGUACUAAACCCAUGGAACAUCUGUUGAAUCCUGUGACUGUAUUUGGUGAAAAGGCGAUACCAGAUAAAGACAAGUUCAAGCCUGCCACUCUCCCAGAUUCCAAGAUCGUGGUGUUUAAAAAUGGAAAUCUCGUUGGAACCGCUUUCCAAGAUCUUUAUAGCUUUUUGCCACCAUCCUCUGUUCAGAACCAGAGAUUCCAGGCAAAAACUGCAAAUUCUGAGGAGAACGACUUUAGUGGUAAAGACGACGGAAGCUUGGGCUACUAUCCAAUGGUGAGCUGCUUUCAAAGAGGAUGUUGUCAGAUCAACACAUCAUCGGAACUGACUUUCGUUCCGGAGGAGUUGAAAGAGAGGUUGGAAAAGGGCGAGGUGAAAUUGUUGAGUGAGAGAUACACCGAGACAGUUGUUGAGGAGUAUGUAUGGGACAUAGUUGAAGAGGUGGAGAAUGAUUUCCUGGACCAGCUUGAAGCUGAGUGA